CGAAAGUUUCUUGGCUUCGACUCGUGUUUCGAGUCGACAGCCCCUUGGCUUUCUUAGUGUGUAGUAUACACUUUAAUUUUUAGCCGAAGGUUUCUUGGCUUCGACUCGUAUUUCGAGUCGACAGCCCCUUGGCUUUCUUAGUGUAUAGUAUACACUUUAGUUUGUAGCCGAAGGUUUCUUGGCUUCGUCUCGUGUUUCGAGUCGACAGCCCUUUGCUUUCUUAGUGUAUAGGAUACACGUUAAUUUUUUGCCGAAGGUUUCUUGGCUUCGACUCGUGUUUCGAGUUGACAGCCCCUUGGCUUUCUUAGUGUAUAGUAUACAAUUUAGUUUGUAGCCGAAGGUUUCUUGGCUUCGACUCGUGUUUCGAGUCGACAGCCCCUUGGCUUUCUUAGUGUGUAGUAUACACUUUAAUUUUUAGCCGAAGAUUUCUUGGCUUCGACUCGUGUUUCGAGUCGACAACCCCUUGGCUUUCUUAGUGUAUAGUAUACACUUUUAGAUAAGUAUGUACAGCUUGUUACGGUUACGAGUUGUACUGGCUUAGUUAAUUUCAGCCUUGGUGCAAAUGCGAAGGUCGAUGUUUGCGACCCUGUGGUUGCUUCGACAUGAGAUAUUUUCCUGAAGGGAAUUGUUCAUAUAAUUUGGGGAAUUUACAUAGGAACCGCCUCAUUAAAAACCUCACCUCCGAAUUGGAGUUCCCUUCUGUGAGGAAAAGAGUACGGUCCUAGACUCAAAAGAAAGGGAAAAUGACGCGAAGGUAUGAGCGUGCUUAUUUGCCGCUCAUCCUUUUACAAUUUUUACCCUAGACAUGAUACUUUUUGAGACUUUCAGCAUUUCAGGAAUGCUGAAGCUUGUUUCCUUCGAUGUCCGCCAAGUGGUAAGACCCUAGCCUAUUGGAGUAUAACACAAUGUAUGGUCCAUCCCACUUGGAUUGAAGCUUGCCGAUGGUUUCGGCGUUUGGCUUUCUUCUUAGAACCCAGUCUCCUUCGGCUAUUUCUCUGUUGGCUACUUUUUUGUUUCGCCACUUCCUUAUUUCUUCUUGGUAUGCUUCUAUGUUUUCCGAAGCUUGCAAGAUGUCGAGUUCUGUGAGAUCUGCUUCUAUCGAAGGUUCGAUGUUGUUUAGAACUCUUGCACUUUUGUGUUUGAGUUCUUCUGGGCUCAUAGCCUUGGCUCCAUACAGCAAUCUGAAUGGGGUAAAUUUUGUUGCUCUGCAUUCAGUUGUGUUGUGGGACUAGAUGACCUUCGGUAGUUCGUCUGCCCAUUUCCCCUUUUUCAGUCCGAACAUGCAUUUUUUGAUGGCGUUGAAAAUUAGGCCGUUGGCUCUUUCCACAGCACCAUUGGACUGAGGGUGAUAAACUGAUGCGAACAUGACUUUUGUUCCUAUCGAGUGGCAGAAUUCUUUGAACAGUUGAGAAUCGAAAUGCUUCCCAUUAUUAGCGGUUAGUUCUUUUGGCACUCCGAACCUGCAGAUUAUGUUUUGCCAGAAGAAUUUUAUGACGGCUUUGGAAGUGAUGUUCACUAGUGGUUUUGCCUCUAUCCAUUUUGUGAAGUAUUCCACUGCAACCACAGCGUAUUUGUAGUUGCCUUGAGCUGUUGGUAGUGGACCGACCAAGUCCAUGCCCCAUCUUUGGAGUGGCCAUGCCGGAGGUAUGAGUUGUAUUGGUUGCGAAGGUCUGUUUGAUUUAUGAGCCAUCAUUUGGCAUCCUUCACAAGUUUUGACUAUCUACUCGGCAUCUUUCAAUGCAGAUGGCCAGAAGAAUCCUUGCCUGAAGGCUUUGGCUACCAGAGGUCUUAUGCCAAUGUGAGAUCCGCAAAGUCCGGAAUGUAUUUCCUUCAAUAGUUCCUGACCUUCGGCCGUUGUUAUGCACUUGAGCCAAGGGGCAACUACUCCGGACUUGUAGAGUGCACCUUCAGACAAGGUGUAGCUUCUUGCCCUUUGGAACAUUCUUUUUCCUUCCUUUUCAUCCGUAGGCUCGAAGUGUCCCCGAAGGUAGGCCAUGAUUGGUGAUCGCCAAUCUUCGCUUGCUAUGACGUUGACUUGUUUUGCUUUUUCUUGUUUGGUGGAGGGUUUUGUGAUUUUCUCGUAGAAAACAUCCGGAGGUAGUGGUUCUUUGCAAGCAACAGCUUUUGCUAGCUUGUCAGCUUCGUCAUUUUGGCUUCUUGGUAUGUGAUUGGCAGUGAAACCUUUGAAAUAUUUCUCCAUAUCUCUUACUGCAUCUAAGUACAUUUUUAUUUUUGGCUUCUUCGCUUCUGACUCUUUUUCCACAUGGUCGGUGAUGACCUUUGAAUCUUAUUUGAUGACAAAGUUUGGAUGACCCAAGGCCUUCAUUUUCCUGAGGCCUAGCAGCAGUGCUUCGUACUCUGUGGUGUUGUUUGUGUAGGGGUCUAGAUCACUGAAUUCGAGGCGCGCGGCGUAUCUCAGCUUCGCACUCGAAGGUGACUGAAUGAUUGCCGCGACGCCAACUCCUUCGUUACACCAUGCACCAUCAUAGUGUACUGUCCAAGGUUCAAUUGGUGCUUCUAUAUCGAAGGUUGGCGAGGUCCAAUCUACCACGAAGUCUGCCAGGACCUGGGAUUUAAUGGUUGUUCUUUUCUCAAAGUCAAUGUAGUGCUCCGAAAGUUCUGAAGCCCACUUGCUUAUUCUUGCCGAAGCUUCUCUGUUAUGGAAGAGGUCAUGCAGUGGUUGGUCAGUAAUUGCUACUAUUUUAUGACCUUCGAAGUAGUGUCUCAAUUUUCUUGAUGCCAUGACAACAGCGUAGGCAAUUUUCUCUAGCUCAGAAUAGAAUAACUUUGAACCGGAGAGUGCCUCUGAGGCGAAGUAUACAGGCAGUUGUUUUUGCCGACCUUUGAUUGUUCUUUCAACCACAAGGGCUGCACUAACGACUGUUUGUGAAGCGGACGUAUAGAGCAGAAGAGUUUCCUCGGGGUUGGGUGAGGUCAUCUUGGUCAAGUUUUCUAAGUAGUCCUUUAAUUCUCUGAAUGCUUUCUUCUGUUCUCCCCCACUCAAACUUACUAGAGCUUCGGAGAGUUUUGAAGAAUGAGGAGCUUCGGUCUGCUGAUCGAGGGAUGAAUCUGUUCAAUGCUGCGAUUCUGCCUGUCAGUUUCUGCACAUCUCUUACAGAUUGUGGUUCUUCCAUGUUUUGAAGUGCUCUGACUUUGUCUGGGUUUGCCUCUAUGCCUUUUGUUGAAACAAGGCAUCCGAGGACUUUGCCUUUGUCUAUUCCAAAGACGCAUUUUUCAGGGUUCAAACUUAAGUUUGCCUUCCGAAGGUUCGCGAAGGUUUCGGCCAGAUCUGCCACAUGUUUCUUCCUUUCUGCACUAGUGACCACUAUGUCGUCGACAUAGUUCAACACAUUUUUUCUGAGUUGAGGGCCCAGAACUUUUGAGGACAUUCGCGAGAAUGACUGUCCAGCAUUUUUCAAAUCUUCGGGCAUCCUGACGAAACAGUAUGUUCCGAAAGGGGUUGUGAAACUAGUUUUUUCUUCGUCUUCUCUUUUCAUCCAGAUUUGAUGGUAUCCGGAGAAGCAGUCUAAGGGUGACAUCAGUUGGCUGUUUGAUGCAUCAUCGACAACUUUGUCGAUCCUUGGUAAGGGAAAAUCGUCCUUCGGACAAGCUUUGUUUAGAUCAGUGAAAUCUAUGCACAUUCUCCAUUUACCAUUUUUCUUUUUUAUUGGCACAGUGUUGGCCAGUCAAGUGGGAUAUUUUACUUCUCUUAUGACCUUCACAUCAAGAAGCCUUUGGACUUCUGCUUUAACUGCUGCGACUUUGUCGUCAGACAUCUUGCGAAGCUUCUGCUUUUUGGGCUUUAUCUUCGGUUCAAUGUCCAGUUUGUGUUCUAUGAUGUCUCGGCUGACGCCGCGAAGGUCGUUUGCUGACCAAGCAAAGACAUCCUUGUUUUUGUUUAGGAACUCCAAGAGUUCGCACUCUUCUUCUGGCUCGAGGGCCGCACUGAUUGUUACUUGCCGGUCCAGCAAGAGCUUGUCAAGUGGUACUUUUUUUACUUUACACUCUUGUUGGAAUGUUUCUUCUUUGUCACUUUUUGGCUCUUUGAGUGGCGGGGGUUUCUUGUCAGCUUCGACCAAAUGGACGUUUCUUUGUCCGGGAGCGACACCCCGCUCGAUGUCUCAAGCCAAUUGUUGGUUGCCUCGGACUGUGAUUACUCCUUUGAUUGCAGGCAUUUUCAUGCACAGAUAGAGCUGAUGGACGAUUGUCUCAAAUUUGUUGAUGAGGGCACGGCCGAAGAUUGCAUUGUAUGGGUAAUUCAUUUCCACGACAUCGAAGGUGAUAGACUCGAUUCUUGGGUUUGAGAGAUCCCCGAAGGAUACCGGAAGGGUUAUCUUUCCAAGGGCGUUCACUCGUUUGCCCCUGAAGCCAAUGAGCGGGAUGUCCGUUGGCUGCAGAAGGUUGUGGUCGAUGUUCAUGCGGUCGAAGGUACUUGAAAAGAUGAUGUCAGCGGAGCUUCCCGUGUCAACCAGAAUUUUUCCGAUGGUCCAGCCUUGUAUAUUGGCUUCGAUGACUAGUGCAUCUGUGUGGGGAAAGCUGAGCAGGUUUACAUCUUCUUCAGAAAACACUAUGGGCAUGUGAGACCAUUGCAUUUUCUGGACGGGUCCAUCCACCAAGAUGGAAUGAACUUGUCAAAAGUAGUUUCUUCUUUGUUUUUUGUUCUCGAAUUCUAGGGAUGACCCUCCGGAUAUUGGCAUUAUCCUGCCGAAGGUUGGUAGUGCUGCAGGCUGGGCAUUUUGGUUAGUUUGGUUUUCUUGGUUGAGUGGGGGGCCUGGCGGAGGUGGGGGCAGCUCUUCUUGGGUUGCUUGAGCUGUAGGCGGGGGUGGCAGUCUUGGUUGGUUUUGCUGCGGGGGUUGCCAGUUGAUGGGAUAUGGGUUAUAGCCGAAGGUUGGCACUGUUUGGAAAGGAGGGUUAAAAGUUGGUUGCGGAGGUUGGAAUUGCAGUGUUUGCUAGGCAGGCCAGCUGGUGUGCGCUACGAGUUUGGCAUUUUUUUCAGCUCCCAUUCUUUCAAGUGUCCUUUUCUUUUCAGGACACUGAUUAGUUCUGUGGCCAGCAUCUUCCCCAUGAAAGUGACAGAACAAUUUCUGCGGGCCCUGCGAAGGUCCGCGGCCUCCGCCUUUUCCUUUCCCUCGGCCCCUGUUGGACCUGCCCCUUUGAUGGUGUUCUUUGGAGUUGUUGUUGUUGUUGUCUUGCUCCUUCUAGGGUUGUGUGGGUGGUGGGAUUAUGUAAGGAUCGAAUUCUUCUGGUUGAUCCAUAUCUUGCGAAGGUUCAACAGGGAGUAUAUACUGAUUUUGCUGACUGGUGUUUGUUUGAUUGUUUUGUUGCCAGCUCAACUGUUGCCUCAUUAACUUUCUUUGUUGAACCCUUCGCUUGUGGUCUGCUUCGGACUUUGCGUAUUUCUCUACCUCCGCAUACAAUUCUGACAGACUUCUUGGUGGCUCUCUUUCGAGGUGGGAUGCCAAUUGGCUUGGGAGGAGACCUUCGAUGAAUUUUGCUAUUGCGUCUUUCUCAGAGAAGUUUGGAGUUUGCGCUUUUUUCUGCACAAAUCUCCGAAGGUACUCGGGUAGUGGCUCUCUAUCCAUCUGUAUGCAGCUGAAUUGUUGCAAGGUGUUGAUGGAUAGUUUUUUGAAGACUUGAAAGUCUUGCUUGAGUUUUUCCUUGAGCUGCACCCAACUUUGAAUUGAGAGGGGUUGAAUGUAGGAGUACCAGUUUGCAACUGGGCCUUCGCAUGCCAUGACAAAGGACUUUGCCAUGAUUGGAUCAUCUCCGCCAGCUGAGGCGAUUGUAGCUUCGUAAGUCAUUAUGAAUUGUGCAGGGUCGACUGAUCCAUCAUAUUUUGGGAGUUGAACUGGCUUGUAGCCGUAUGGCUAGGAUGUUCGCUGCAAGGCAAUUGACAGUGGUGAUGUUGAAUCGAAUGGAGGGCUUGGUUGGAAAUGUUGAUCUUGAUAUAUUUGAGUUGCCUGGCGAAGGUUUUGACCUUCGUGUUGUCUGGAAUGUCUAGCAAUUGCGUGGGUGUUUGGGGGCUCUUGCGGCUGCCCAACUUCUUCUUGCAUUUUUUGGAUUUCUACUUGCAUUUCUGCAACUCUGCGUUUUGCUUCAGCCAGCCUCUGAGCUUGCUCGGCUGCUCUUUUUUUGGUCACCAGUUGACUGGCCAGGUGAGCUUUCUUCAUUUCUAGGGCGCGAAGCUGAAGGUUGAGCUCAUGGUGCACGUUUUGUUCAAGCUGGUCAUCUUCAAGCUGGGAGAGGUUGUUUAGUGUUUCAGCUUCGGUUGUUGUUGUUGUUGUUGCUGCUGCUGCUUUCUUGCCUGCUGCCGCGGCCUUUUUUUGCCUCAAUAGCACGUUCUGCUUGGACACGCUUUUCUUUCUCAGCCAGCUGGGCGGGGGUUGGUUCGAUUGGAGGAGAUUGUCGGAUGGGGACUUCGUGAAGGUUUGAACCUUCGGCGUUAGAAACGCCCUGGUUGGUGGUUUUCUUUCUUUGUGGGGCCAUCGUAAGGUGAUUUUCGAGCUAAGAACACGGGUGGGCGCGUCUGUUGGGAUCUUCGGCCCGAUCACCAGACAGAGGAAGUACACUUCAGACGAAGGUUAAAACACAGAGACACGAAUUGCACAAUAGAAAUUGCACUAUGGUUCGCACGAAAUGCUCCAACCCGUACAAUGUUGGGUGGGAUUACAUCAUUCCAAAAAUGUCCCUCCUGCCCCCACGAAGGUCAAGAGAUUACAUCAGAGGUAUUUGGUAAUUCCCUAGGUUGGACAGUCCAACUUGGAUACUCCUACUCGGAUCACGUGUUUCUUGCCCUUCGGGGACCUUCGGUGGUGGUCUUCGACAGGCUUCGUCUGGCGCUACUUUCAUUGUUCGCCAUUCUUGAGCCGUACUUCGCGCCCGAAGGUUCUUGUCAUAGCCUCCGAGAGCAUGGCCCCGAGCGGUCGUCGGAACCUUCGGGCUGCCCGAAGCAUCCCGAAGGUUAAGAACAUCGCCUCCGGGCGCCGGACCUCGACGAGCUCUUCGAUGCUUCGUCACCUUCGGAGAACCUUCGGACAUCCUUCGGGUUGAACCACCUUCGCGAGGGGGCGAUCCCCAACACUUACCAUCUCACCUAUACAUUACAUCUUUUAUUGUUUUCAUAUCACUUUUUUGAAUCUUAUAUUGUGUCUUUGACACUCUAAAUGAUCUUAAAUUUAAAAGUUGUUAUCUACAAAGUUUAUAUGUUGUCGAAUAUUACAUUUUUGGUAUAAAGUUCAUCUUCUUGUUUAAAAAAUAAAAAUUCAAAUUUUUGCAAAAUUAGAUUUUUUUAAAAGGUAACGAAUAUUUAGCCUAGUAAAUAAUAUUGAACGAAAUAUUCAUCAACUGCAAAAUUUUAGAUCUCGUCGAACUCUAUAAUUUGGAUAUAUGGUUUGUUUUCAUCUUAGGCUGUCUAUAACUUAGAUAUAAAUUUAAGAUUUAAUUUAAAAAUGAUAAUGAAUAUUUGGUCUUGAACGAAAAUGUUGUCGGUAAAAUUUAGAUUUCACUACCGCUAUCAUUUUUCAUAUAAAUUUGUCUUCAUCCGACUCUAUAUAAAAUAAUGAGUAAAUUGUACCGACCAUAUAACAACUUAUUAGGUGGGUGCAAAUUGGUUCAACAACUUUUAAAAUACUCAAUUUAGUGCAAUAUCUUGACAAGUGGGUGCAGAUCGGUCUAACAAGUUGUAAAAUGCCCAACUUAAUUCAUUAACUUGAAAAAUAGAUGCAUUCACAGUCCAAACAUUACACGGCAAUGUAACUAACGCAAAGUCUCAAUAAAGAGUAUAUUCAUGUUAGGACAAAUUAUUAAGUUAUUAUUUGAUCAUUGAUUUUUGUGCUGCGCCUACGUGGCAAUGUAUUUGGCUAUAAUAAAAACCCUCACUGUUUAGAAAUUAGUGUUAUGACUUUAUAUUAAUUAAUUUUGUAUAAUGAUUUAAUUUUAUUUAAAACUAUUUAAUUUGAUAUUCAAUAUUGAAAAGUUCACCCUCACUGUUUACGAUUUGUUUGAUUAUAUGCACUGUUGAACUAAAAAAAAUAUGUUGAUGCAAACUAUUGAUACCUUUUAGGAGCUUGGUGCAUAUCUAUACUAUAAAAGUUGAAACAAUUGAAACUCUUUUUAACCAAGAUUAGACCCACCGUACCCCUCAAAAAGGCCCCACUUGUUAUGCCAAAAGGUUUGAUGAAAGGGAGGGGGAGAUUGAUUUCAUCAAUGUUUUUCACCAAAAGCCUAUUAUUUUUUACACUAGCAAUUUCUUAUACCCACGUAUUCCUCUCCUUUAGCACACAUAUACCUUCUUUUGUAUAUUCUUUGACCCAUAACUCACGGCAUUUUUUCUUUUGGAAGAAUAAUAAUUGACAUCAUUGUAUAUGGAAGAAAAAGAAAAGCGUGUAUUAACGUAUUACUUUUCUUUAGUUACACAUAUUUUUCUUUACACAUAGAUUAACCCAUAAUUCACAUUAUUUUUUCUUUUGGAAAGAUAAUAAUUGACAUCAUUGUUUAUAGAAGAAAAAGAAAGAUGUGUAUUAUUGAUAGUUUUAGAAGGAUAUUAAUUGACAUCAUUGUUUUAUGGAAGGAAAAUAAAAAUGUGUAUUAUUUUCGAAAAGAAAAUAAAAAACAUCAUUGCUUGAUGGAAGAAAAAUUAAAUACGUGCCUGUGGCACGUACAUCUUUCCUAGUAUUUUUAAAGCCUCAUAUAUUCGUUAGAAAGGAAAAAUAAGCUAAAUAAACAGAUACAAACAUGAGCAUUGUUAAAUACAUGAGCAAAAGCGCAGUAGAAACCUAAGGUUUCAGUGUCUCUCUUAUCAACUUCAGGGUUUGGGUGAUGCUAAUGGUGUAAUUCUAUUUUUUUUGCAUUCGAACUAAUAAAAAAUUGUACAUAGUUGAAAAGAAACAACCGGAUCACCAUCAAUAAUUUCUAUUUAUAAAAUUUAAGAAUUAUUAACAUUCAUCUACUUAGUUUAAUAUGUUGUUUAUGUUGUUGUUGUAAUGAUGGUUAAAUAAUAUAUUAUUUUUAAUAAAAUAAUAAUUAAUUUAUUUUGAGAAUAAAAUUAUUAGUGUCCAUUGCGACACAAAAAUCUACGGUCAAAUAAUACGUUCCGAUGUGAAUAUAUUUUUUAUUAUGACUUGACGAUAGCAAAAAUAUUGUCGUAUAAUGUUUGGACUAUGAAUGCACUAAUUUACCAAGUUAUUGUACUAAAUUAAGUAUUUUCUAAGUUGUUGGAUUAAUCUGCACCCAGCUAUCAAGUUAUUGUACUAAAUUGAGCACUUUAUAAGUUGUUGGAUCAAUUUGCACCCAUCUGCCAAGUUGUUGUAUGAUGGGUGCAAUUUACUAUAAAAUAAUUAUUUAGUUUUUUAGGAAAAAAAUCGAUUUAUGCUAGCAGUCGCUAGCAGAUACACAUGGAGUCACCAUAAAUGCUUUCGGUACAUCUCUUCCUAUGCAUGCAUCGAGGGACUGAGACACUGGGCCGGGGUUUGCCGUCGUCCUGCUACCAGGAGCUUGUCAUUGUCGCGUCGCCCGAGGUUUGCCGUCGACGCGUCCGGCGUCCCCUGUGCGGAUUCGCCGGUGCCAUACGGGGCUCUCUGCGGACCGUGGCUCGCCGGCUCUGGUGCUCUGCCCAACCACCCGGACGGGGCAACCGGCCAACAGCAGUGGCCGAGACUCCAUGAAUACGGCGAGCACCUGGAAGCCAGGCCAAACCUUCAGUACUAUAAAUAAAUCUCUACUGGUAUCCCUUAUGGAGCUUGCUGAAAACAAACUUACCGACUUCAUCAAAAGCAGUGAAAAGGCAAAGUGGAGGUCAAUCAACAACCACAAUAUAAACAACUACACAGAAGAUGAAAUCAAACGGAUCACUAACAGCUAUAGCUCUCUCAUUGGCGAAGGUGGCUUUGGACAAGUUUACAAAGGCCAUCUUGAUGAUGUUACUCCAGUUGCAGUAAAAAAAUACAUGCGGCAGAAUUUCAUAGAAGGUUUUGGUAAGGAAAUAAUCGUCCAUUGCCAAAUCAACCACAAAAACGUAGUGAGGCUCCUAGGCUACUGUGCAGAGGAAAAUGCUUUAAUGAUUGUCACAGAGUAUGUCUCGGGGGGAAACCUCCGUGAUCUUCUUCAUGGCAGUGACGAUCCAAUUUCCUUAGAUGCAAGGUUGGGUAUUGCUAUAGAAUGUGCAGAUGCAUUAGGAUACAUGCAUUCCUCGAUGUACCAACCGAUCAUUCACGGUGAUAUCAAGCCUGAUAACAUACUACUUAACAGCAAAUUGGGUGUCAAAUUGUCCGACUUUGGAUUGUCGAGGUUGCUUUCCAAGGAUAAAACUCAAUACACCUUGAAUGUCGCAGGCAGCAGAGGUUACAUGGACCCGGAGUAUAUUGAGACAGGGCUUGUUGAUCCGAAGAGUGAUGUUUACAGUUUUGGGGUUGUUCUCUUGGAACUAAUUACCAGAGCCAAGGCAAGUGAACAUGGGUUUAGUACUCGCCUCAAAAGAAACUUCACUGAUGCUCUUAAGAAAGGAAAGCAGGAGGCGCGGAAGAUGUUUGAUUCUGACAUAUCUAACGAGGGGAACAUCAGCAUUCUUGAAGAAAUCGGAAAUCUAGCUGCAGAGUGCUUCACAAAGGAAAUCAAGGAACGUCCAGAAAUGAAAGACGUUCAAGAACGUCUUCAGAUGCUUAGAAGGGCUCUUCACCAUGAGCAAGCUCAAGAGAAAAGGGGUCAAGGUUCUUCACAAGGAAUACCUGAUCCAGAACAAAAGUUCGUCAAACAAGGCACCAGCUCUAACUCCACCGUGCCUUAUUACAGGUACAGGCUGAACAUUCUGGACAGGAUCUUCAAUAGGAAUGCAAGCAGGUGUUUCAAUAGGAAUGGAGGUCCAAUGCUACAGGGUGCCUCUAUAAAUAUUUUCACCAAACGGGAGGUACAAAAAAUCACCAACAACUACUCAACUGCUAUUGGCAACAAGUACUCAACUGCUAUUGGCGACCUUUAUUCCGGUGAUGCCUACAUGGGAUGGAUUGAUGGCAACAUAAGGGUGCUGGUGAAGGACUCCGUCAAGGUAGAUGAAGCCCACACAGAUUCUUUCAUUGCGGCACUCGUAUGUGCACAUGGAUUUAGACAUAGUAACAUCACCAAGCUCGUGGGCUGUUGCUUGGAGACGGAAUCUCCUAUAUUCUUAUACGAGUUUGAUGGCAUUGGUAGUCUGUACGAUGUUCUGCAUGGUAAUGGCAGACGUCCUCUCUCACUUGAUUCACGCCUAAAAAUUGCUAUUGGAUCGGCAGAAGCAUUAGCAUAUUUGCACUCACAGUCAUGCGGGAAUGCCAAAUUCCUACAUGGUUAUGUCACAUCUGACAAUAUCCUGUUAGCUCAGGAUUUUGAGCCAAAGGUCUUCAAUUAUAUGACCGGAAUGGUUUCAAAUUGGCAAGUGGUGCUUAGCUGGACGACAUACUUGGACCCAGCUUUCGGGGAUACACAAAAGAGCGAUGUUUACGGUUUUGGAGCUCUCAUCUUGGAACUUAUCACCAGGAAGCCAGCAAAAUACGGGAAGAACUACACGUACCUCGGAGAGGAAUAUAUUUCUGUUUGUAAGAAAGAAAAUAGUGGGCGAGCUAUGUUUGACGAAGAGAUUGCAGUCGAGGGGAACAUCGUCAUCCUCGAAGAAAUGGGGAAGCUGGCAAUCGAGUGUCUCAAGCAAGAUAGGGACGAGCGACCAGAAAUGACGGAGGUGUUGGAACGACUUAAGCUGCUAGGCAAAGCUGCUGCUGCCUUUUUAUUUGUGGACUAGGUUCGUGGUCGUACGUUGCUACGGGCAACGAAAUAUUAUCAGUGUAAUAGACAGAGCAUGAACAAGACAAUAUUCUACUCAUAGUAAAAAAUAGUUAAUUCAGGAUUGCAAGCUUACCGAACAUGAACAAGACAAUAUUCUACCCAGCAGCGUUGCAAGCUUACAGAACUUAAUGGGGUUGAACAAUGGCCAUACCGUGCCCUCGGAUUGCUAUGGCAAAAUUUAGAGUGCAAUACACACAACAUCAGUAAGGCAAUGGAAGGGAGGGAAAUUUGAUAGAACGGUGUUCCCGUUGCAUAGAUAUUCUUUUGUACUAAUAUUUUUUUUAAGAUUUGAAUCUAGAAACUAAGCAGUAACUGCUAAAACACGAUGUAUAUAUGCAGUAAUCAUUUACAUCUCAUUUUCCCUCUCUGGACUCUACAAAACAACACAAUAAUCAUUGCUGUUUCAAGUAAUAAUAUUAGCUGAA